CAACAGCUGGUUCAAGAGAUAGCAGUGGGGAGGGAGCAGGAGAGAAGAAACUCGUCAGGGAGCUCACAAGAGAAGCAGAAGGAAACGCCACUAUUUGUAGAUUCUUAAGCCAACAAAAGUACCUCCAUUAUUUUUUUGUCUGGAAGACAGAUUCAGAGAGUCAGCCCCAAGCAACAGUUCAAGACAGACACUUCCUGUGGCCACGUGGAUAAGGGCAGCCUGCAACCAUGGGACAGGCCCUGGGGAUCAAGAGCUGCGACUUCCAGGCAGCAAGAAACAAUGAGGAGCACCACACCAAGGACAUCAGCUCCAGGCGCCUCAUUGUGAGGAGGGGACAGCCCUUCUCCAUCAGGCUGCACUUCCAGGAUCCGGUCCUCGCAUAUCUGCCUGCCCUAAAGAAGGUGGCCCUCAUUGCACAAACCGGAGAGCAGCCUUCCAAGGCCAACAGGACCCAAGCCACCUUCCCAAUUUCCAGUCUGGGGAACCGGAAGAGCUGGAGUGCGCAGGUGGAGGAGAGAGAUGCCCAGGCCUGGACCAUCUCUGUGACCACGCCCUCCGAUGCUGUCAUUGGGCACUACUCACUCCUGCUGCAGGUCUCACGCAGGAAGCCACGCCUCCUAGGCCAGUUCACCUUGCUCUUUAACCCCUGGGUUCGAGAGGACGCUGUGUUCCUGGAGAAUGAGGCUCAGCGCUGGGAGUACGUGCUGAACCAGAACGGCCUCAUCUACCUGGGCACGGCGGACUGCAUCCAGGAAGAGCCCUGGGACUUCGGCCAGUUUGAGGGGGAUGUCUUGGACCUCAGCCUGGACUUGCUGAGCAUGGACGAGCAAGUGGAGGAGUGGGGCAACCCUGUGCAUGUGGCCCUCGUUUUGGGCGCUGUGCUGCGUGCCCUCCAGGAGAAGAGCGUCCUGCCCGCCCCGCAGGCCCAGGACGCCGCGGAGGGGGCCUGGCUGAGCAAGCGCCGGGGCAGCGCGCCCAUCCUGAGGCGGUGGUGCACCGGCCACGGGCGGCCGGUGGGUGCCGGCCAGGCCUGGGUGCUGGCCGCUGUUGCCUGCACAGCGCUGCGGGCCCUGGGCAUCCCUGCGCGCGCCGUGACCGCCUUCUCCUCCGCCCAGGGCACGGGCGGGGGGCUGCUGGUGGACGAGUACUACAGCGAGGAGGGCCUCCUGAACGGAGAGGGCCAGCGAGGCAGGAUCUGGAUCUUCCAGACUUCCACAGAGUGCUGGAUGGCCCGGCCUGAUUUGCCUCAGGGUUACCGUGGAUGGCAGAUUCUGUACCCAAGUGCUCGUAAGGGAGGUGCAGUCCUGAAGGCCUGUGAUCUGGUCCCUGUCAGAGCGGUCAAGGAGGGGACCCUGGGGCUGACCCCUGGAGUAGCAGACAUUUUUGCCUCGGUAAAUGCCUCGUGCGUGGUCUGGAAGUGCUGUGAGGAUGGGACCCUGGAGCUGACCAACUCCAACACCAAGUAUGUGGGCCGCAACAUCAGCACCAAAGGUGUGGGCAGUGACCGCUGUGAGGACAUCACUCAGAACUACAAGUAUCCCGAAGGAUCUCUUCAAGAAAAAGAGGUGCUGGAGAGAGUCCAGAAAGAGAAACUGGAGCAUGGGGCAGACAACGGCAUUCGUCCUCCCAGUCUCGAGACUGCUGAUCCUCUGUACCUGUUCUUGGAAGCACCCAGCUCCCUACCCCUGAGAGGGGAUGCCCAGUUCUCCGUGACCCUGGUUAACCCCGGUGACCAGGAGAAGGCUGUGCAGCUGGCCAUUGGGGUGCAGGCCGUGUACUACAACGGCACCCUUGCUGCUGAGCUCUGGAGGGAGAAGCUGCUCCUUACGCUCAGCGCCAACCUGGUCAGGAGAAUCACCACCAGCCUGUCCUUCUCCCAUUUUGAGCGAAGCCCACCUGAGAACAGCUUCCUCAGACUUACUGCUGUGGCAACGCACUCAGAGUCCAGCCUUAGCUGCUUUGCUCAGGAAGACAUCGCCAUUUGUAGACCACACCUUGAAAUUGAGAUGCCAGAGGCAGCAGAGCAGUAUAAGCCUCUUAAGGCCUCAGUCAGCAUCCAUAACUCCCUGGACGCUCCCCUGAAGGACUGUGUGAUCUCCGUCUUCGGAAGGGGGCUCAUUCACAGAAAGAGGAGCUACAGAUUAGGGCCCGUGAGACCAGGAAACACCUUGUGCACCCAGUUCUGGUUCACACCGGUGAAGGCGGGGCCCCAGCGGCUCAACGUGGAAAUGGACUGCAACAUGUUCCAGAACCUAACCAACUACAGGAGUGUCACCGUGGUCACCCCUGAACUCGCAGCUUAAACGGCAGCUCCAGCACCACUGCCCCCACCACCACCCUGUAUCUAAGCUCUAAAACCACCCGUGCUGGAAGGGAAACUGCUUACCAGGCAAAUGAAUCCCCAUUCAAGCUGAUCUGAGUGAAACAAAACCAGAUUCCCAGAAAUCAACAGAAAAGACACCCAUUUCUGUCAUUCCAGCUUCAGGCGGCUGUGAAGACUAGUUGCCUUAGAAACUACUGGGCUUGAGUGAUAAAAGAAGAUCUUUAAAAAGGUGCUCAGAUGAAUACCUUCAGAUUUUUCUGGUUCAGGAUUUUCAUAACCAUUUUAGUGCUCACUAACACAUUCAUUAACUUAUAGGUAAGGAAAAGAACCUCACAUUUAAAUCAUAUAUUUUUGAAAUUGCUAAAAAUGGAAUUUUUAGAUAAUCCUAAUAUUUCAUUGAUUGGUGCUAUCCCUACCCAUUAUCCUUGAAAUCUCAAAGAUGACUGAACCAAGUUAUAACAUACAGAACACAGGAUCUAAGAGUAGAAGGAUCUUCUAGAUUCAGCUAUGGAUAAGUUUUACGAGAGUUCUAUAUGUAUUAAGUAUCCAACAAUUAAAGUCUGAUGUUAAUAACAUGAAUUUGGUCUAGUAGAGAAAUGUUAAAAUUAUUAAGAAUAUAGAAAAUAGGCCUUGUAAGAAAGAAUUAAAAAAAACAAACUGAACUCCUUUUGAACCAAGUAA